AGGCAAUUGGACAGGGGCUGGUGCAGGGGGAAUGCGACGGGCACAGGAAAGGGCACAUAUGAAGCAGGUACGCAGGCCGUGUCCUCUAGCGUCGGAGGAAGCCUAGCUCGUCUCCACACACGAGCAGCAGCCGAGGCGGUUUUUGAUCCCAACUGAGGAGAGAGAAGCGCGCAGAACGAGGCUUCUACACUGUCUUCGUCGAUGAUUGCCCCGCAUCGAAGUGCAUGACAUCUGGAGUCCCGCACACCCUUUUGUCUAACAAAGUCGGAUCUCAGAAGUACAAGAAGCGCGGGGCUGAUCCCGUCCAGCGUCCAUCGUCUCCACCACCACCGGUGCAGCCCAGCGCUUGAUUCUGUCCGAAGCGCUUUCUGGAUUUCGCUCCUGCCGCACGCAUCCUCCCGUUUAGCAAAGUCUCGAUUCAGGACGCCGAGACAAGCACGAUGGCCAUCACCUUCACCGUAGGAGGUUCGCCCAUUGGGCUCACCUCCAUCUCGGUGGCCCUGGUCGCCAGUGUCGGCGGUUUCCUCUUCGGCUACGACACUGGACAAAUCAGCGGUAUCCAAGAGAUGACCGACUUCAAGGAACGCUUCGCGACGGAAACCAUCUUCGACUCGGAGACGAUGAUGACCGAGCCGGCAUUCAACUCUUGGCUCAUUGGACUCAUCGUAUCCUUUCUGAGUAUCGGAACAUUCUUCGGAGUCUUGCUCGGCGCCCCUAUUGCAGAUAAGCUCGGCAGAAGGCUCGCAAUGACGGUGGAGACGAUCGUUUUUAGCAUUGGAGUUCUCAUCCAAGUCACUGCGCAGUACGCUUGGUACCAAGUGGCAAUCGGCAGGCUCGUCUCAGGUUUGGGAGUCGGCGCGCUGUCUGCCGCGGUUCCGCUCUACCAGUCAGAGGCAAUUCCUAGCCAAUUGCGAGGUGCAGGAGUCGCCACCUACCAAUUGGCCAUCACAUUCGGCAUUCUAGUCAGCAACUGCAUCAACAUCGGUACCAGAAGCAUCGAAGGCAGCUGGUCAUGGCGGACACCCAUUCUGCUCGGCGUGGCCUUUGCUGCCGUCCUCGGCAUCGGCAUCUGGUUCUUGCCCGAGUCGCCCCGAUGGCUGGCUGCCCGUGGUCGACACGAUGAAGCUUAUGAAGCCGUCGCGCGCGUUCGUGGCGCAACAAAAGAAGAUUCGAACCCCUGGGUGGAGGCAGAGUACGCUUCCAUCAUCACGUACGUGCAAAACGAAGCCAAACUGAAGAAAGCUGGCUGGAUCGACUGCUUCCGUCCCCAAAACAAGACGCUGUACCGCACCAUCCUUGGCAUCGUUCUCCAAGCCGGACAACAGUUGACGGGAGCCAACUACUUCUUCUACUACGGAGCAAACAUCUUCAACAGUGUCGGCUUGAGUGACAGCUUCGUCACACAAAUCAUCUUGGGAGCAGUCAACUUCGUUGCGACUUUCGGCUCUCUCUACAUUCUAGAGCGCUUUGGUCGACGCAUCCCUUUGAUGGUAGGCGCCAUCGGCAUGACAGUAUGGCUCCUCAUCUUUGGUCUUGCAGGACACGUCGGCAAUCCUAACGAUCCGACAUUCGGCAGUCUCAUGAUCGCCUCGGCGUGCAUCUUCAUUGUUUUCUACGCUACCACUUGGGCGCCAGGAAUAUGGCUGUUCAUCGGAGAGUCGUUCGCUUCAGAGACGAGAGCCAAGCAAGCCUCGCUAUCUGCGGCAUCUAACUGGUUUUGGAACUUUUUGCUAGCCUUCUUCACACAGCCGAUCACGGGAGACAUUGACUACGCCUUUGGUUUCGUCUUUGCCGGCGCCAACUUUCUCGGAUUCUUCAUCGUCUACUUUUUCGUGUAUGAGACCAAGGGGCUCACUCUCGAAGAGAUCGACGAAAUGUACAACGACGACAGCGUCAAGCCGUGGCAGUCGCGCAAGUGGGCUCCUGCGGGAAGAGCCAACCGCUUGGACAUUGCAGCUCGUGUUCGAGACGAAAAGACGGACGAUGUCCUCAAUGUCGAAGAUCCGCAACACGGACAUUGGAAAUCGCAGCCGAAUUCUGAGGGAGACGAGACGGAUACUGCGCGUAAACGUCGCGAGGAGCCCAUCUCGAAGACGGAGGAUGCUUGAUGUGCAUCAGGCCUCAUCUGCGACACUUUGAAGCUGCCCGCGGGCGAAAGCUUUGCUCGUCUGAGCUCGCGAGGUACAUUCGACGUAUUCUUUGCUACAUCUUAUUCGCUGCAAGAAUGAAAUCCCUUUGAUUCAGACACACCUCGCUGCAUCGUUCACGAGAUGCGGUGAUGCCAUGAUGCAAAUGCACGGGCGUGACAGGUCAGU